AUGGUUCUUAAUGUGGGCGUGGCCGAUCAAGAGCUCAUGUCCGUGGCAUUGUACUCGCCAUUGCCGUUAUUAAUGCGACUAGAUGUUCUACCAUUCCUGCUUCUCUAUGUCACAGCCGUGUAUCUCUACUUUUUGCGUCCUGAGGAUGAUGUGGUCCCAUGGAUCUUUGGUGCUGCCAGCAUCUUUUGGCACAUGUUGGCGGUGCUUGGCGCCGAGUGGAGUGUUGAUGUGCGCUGUUGGAUGACAUGUAAGAAACUGACGACUAUAUUAUCAGAUGAUCAAUCGAAAGUAUUGAUUAAAGUGAAGCCGUCGCUUGCAAUGCUUCCAAAGCAAUUAUGUGAAUGCCACGUGGUGUCUAAGGGCCAUCUCAAAAGCUCCACAGAACCGACACUUUGGUUCUCGUUUCAAAAUCUUAAAUUUUGUCUCUACGAUGACUUGAAGACCAUCAAUGGCGGCGGUGAAAUUCAGUUUCGUCGACUGGACUUUCCAUCUUCUGACUCACUUGAGUAUUAUCUCCAAAGUAAAGGUAUUAGGUCCGACAAAGAGCUGCAACAGGCACAAGACAAAUGGGGUAGAAAUGACUUUGACUUGUCGGUGCCACAGUUUACUCAGCUUCUUAAAGAGCAACUUGUGGCUCCAUUUUUCGUUUUCCAGUUCUUCUGUAUGCUGCUCUGGUGUCUCGAUGAUUACAUGUAUUACUCAUUAAUGACACUGCUGAUGUUGAUUGUCUUUGAGUGCACGGUCGUUAAACAACGUCAGUACAAUAUGGACACACUUUUACAAAUGCGCAGCGCUCCUCAGCAGUGUCUGGUGUAUCGAUUUGGAAGAUGGCUUGAGGUCCUAAGCGAUGAUCUUGUUCCUGGUGAUAUUUGUUUAAUACAUCCCAAUGAACAUGCUACUCUUGUUCCGUGCGACUUGCUGCUGCUCCGUGGAAACUGCGUUGUUAACGAAUCAAUGCUUUCGGGUGAGUCAGUGCCAUUGCGUAAGGAGAGUGUUGGGGCAUCGGCUGGUAAUGAUGUCGAGAAGCUGCAGACUCUUAAGAUCGACGCUGGUACGACUAUGGAACACAAACGACACGUAUUGUAUGGAGGUACUAAAAUUUUACAACAUUCAGCGGCAGCAUCUAAGGAAUUGCUUCACAUACCUGCACCUCGUGGUGGAGGUUGUGUUGGAUUUGUACUUAAAACGGGCUUUGGCACAACCCAGGGAAGUCUGAUGCGCACUAUUAUUCACUCUUCACAACGCGUCACGGCAAAUAACUUUGAGGCGAUGUAUUUUAUUAUCUUGAUGCUAAAUUUUGCUUUUGCUGCCGCCGCCUUUGUGCUUUCGCAAGGAUUAAGUGAUCCAACCCGCAACCAAUUCAAGCUAUUUUUGCAUUGUAUAAUGAUUAUUACGUCAGUCGUGCCGCCGGAGCUCCCUAUGGAGCUGUCACUAGCAGUGACAAACUCGCUAAUUGCACUGACGAAAAGUAAUAUUUUCUGCACAGAGCCGUUUCGCAUUCCUUUUGCCGGCCGCAUCGAUGUCUGCUGCUUUGACAAAACGGGGACAUUGACAAGCGAUGAGCUCAAGCUACAUGGCGUAGUAGGACUAGAAGCUAUUGUUGGGACUGAAAAUAAGGAAAAUAAUCGCGGUAGAUUUGAUGUGAUCGCUCCGGAGCAUUUACCCUUGGACACUGAGCUCGUUCUCGCAGGGUGUCAAUCAUUAGUGUUGCUUAAUGGCCAGGAAGCGGGUGAUCCGCUUGAAAUGACUGCCAUUCGUACCAUCAAAUGGACAUUGACUUCAAAUCAAGUGGGGGGCGACCGUGUUUUGAAUGUUCGACCUUCAUAUUUUUCGGAUCGUCGAGAUGAAAUUGAGGCGGUAGAGAUUUUGCACAGCUUGAGUUUUUCCUCCGAGCUUAAACGUAUGAGCACUGUUGUAUGUGUGCGAAAAAGUGACAACGAUGAGCAAGACGAGCAGCGAGUGUUAACAAAAGGCGCACCUGAGGUUCUCGAAUCUAUUUUCACAAAUAAGCCUUCUUAUUACCGCAGCGUACAUCGCUAUUAUGCAGCAAAAGGUUGCCGCGUCUUAGCUUUAGGUUUUCGGAUUUUACCGGGAAAGAGCUCGAUAAAUCAGCUGCGUCUCAAACGACGGGAUGAAUUGGAAAGUGACUUAAUAUUUGCGGGAUUUCUGGUUCUUGACUGUCCACUCAAGAAAGAUUCGAGACAAACGAUUCAGGAGCUAUUGAAUUCAAAGCAUAAAGUGACUAUGAUCACUGGGGAUAAUCCUCUCACAGCAUGUGAUGUAGCCAGGCAGGUGGGAAUCAAUGCAGAAUCUACAAAGCAGCCAUUAAUUUUGCUUAACAACGCGAAGUCUGGGGUUGUGGAGUGGAAGUCUGUCGAUGAUGGAUCGCCUAACAUUACAGAGGAGACUAUUCGUUUUAACGUCGACGAAGUCGAAAGAAUGCAAGCUCAAUUUGACCUGUGUGUGACGGGGGAAGCCCUUACAACGCUGCACAAGCAGCAAGAGAAUGAGCAAAACGACAAUGCCGCCGCGCUUGAAGGCUUUCUUUGCCUUCUUGAGAAAAUAUGCUUGUGCGCAACUGUUUUUGCUCGGAUGACACCCCAGCAGAAGGAACACCUUAUUAUGGCGAUGAAUCGAUGUGGUAAAACAACAGCCAUGUGUGGUGAUGGCACGAACGAUGUCGGUGCCUUGAAACAAGCUCACAUAGGUAUCUCAAUCGUGAACUUAGCCAGUUCUGAUACUGCAUCUCAUGUGGCAAAAAGCAUUGGAGCUGCUGCAGGUCAAGACGGUCUUCGUUUUCGUCGACAAGUUGGACAUAAGGAACGCUCGAUGAGAGGAGUGCAACAACGAUGCAUUUCAGGUGAUGACGAGGAUCAAAUCGUGCGAUUGGGCGAUGCCUCUAUCGCGUCUCCUUUUACAUCAAAGAGCCCAAGUAUUAGUGCGAUCAAACAGUUGAUCUGUCAGGGGCGAUGUACAUUGGUGACAACAAUCCAAAUGUACAAAAUACUUGGGAUCAAUUGUCUUAUCACGGCAUACUAUUUGAGCUCGCUUUAUAUAUACGGAGUGAAGAAUGGUGAUCAACAACUCACUAUAUCAGGGCUGUCGAUCGCCAUGCUCUUUUUGUUUCUGUCGCGCACAAAACCUGCGCCAAAGCUCUCACACGAGCGUCCUCCAUCUGGAGUCUUUUGCAUUCCCGUGAUGGUAUCGAUCUUUGGACAAUUUAUUAUCCAUUUAGCAUUUUUGGUGGCUGCUCUUCACGUAGCUGAGCCGUUCAUCGAGUUGGGAGAUCCGUCGAUGCAUCCAGAUGGAAAGUUUACUCCCAAUGUUGUCAACAGUAUCAUGUUUCUAAUGUCGUCGACCAUGCAAGUGAACACCUUCGUGGCCAACUAUCGGGGACAACCAUUUAUGGAAGGAUUCUGGAAAAAUAAACUAUUUAGUCGCUGUUCACUUUUCAACUACGCCAUGUUGAUGAUUGUAAUUGCAGAGGUCUUCACCCCUCUUCACGCAAUCUUGGAGUUGGUAACAAUGCCAAAUCAGGAGACUCGGAUUGCGAUCGCGGCUUUGAUGAUAGGCGAUACAAUUGUAACUUUCAUUUUUGAAUUUGCUGUCCGGAUGAUCGUUCCAAUUUUGAUUUAA